UUUGCUAGAAAUUUUCAAACUGAUACAUCCUUCUUGAUGCAGGAAGAGGUGUUUUUGACCUUCUUCUUGUGACUGACACAUCGGUUUAGCGUUACUCUGGAUGCAAUAAUCAAAGCCAUCACUUGCACCGUAAGAUACAUGGCCUGUGCACCGUUUUCCUUCCAGAGCUACUGAAGACCAGCACGCUUCUAUGGUCUACGCCUGACCCAGGCUCUGUAAGCGACGCAACGUUUGCCAUUUCAACCCAGACCAACGCUGCCCACUUGCUGCUCUGCACCACCCAGGACAGCAGGUCCACCAGACCAACGCACCAUGGAAAACCAUACCGUGGACUUAGAUGACUUGCCACUGACAACAGAAUUCGACUAUGACAGUUCAGAGCCAUGCAUGGGAACUGAGGAAAAGCACUUUGCAGCAAAACUUUUGCCACCGCUUUAUUCUUUGGUGGUGAUAUUUGGCCUCACAGGCAACGUGCUCGUUAUCCUUAUCCUGGUAAAAUACAAGAAAUUGAAGAGUAUGACUGACAUCUACCUGCUCAAUUUGGCAGUUUCUGAUUUGCUGUUUGUAUUUUCUCUCCCUUUUUGGGCUUAUUAUGCUGUUCACGACUGGAUUUUUGGGGAGGUGCUGUGUAGACUUCUCUCAGGCAUCUACCUCCUUGGCUUCUACAGCGGGAUCUUUUUUAUAAUCCUGCUGACCCUAGACAGGUAUCUGGCCAUAGUGCAUGCAGUGUUUGCUUUAAAAGCUAGGACAGUUACCUAUGGCAUCCUCGCCAGUGUUGUCACUUGGGCUGUUGCUAUUUCUGCUUCUGUUCCUGGGAUGGUAUUUCACAAAACUCAAAAGGAAAAUUCACGUUAUACUUGCAGUGCUCAUUAUCCAUCAGAGCAGAGAAAUGAAUGGAAGCACUUCCUGACCUUAAAAAUGAACAUCCUGGGACUUGUUAUUCCAAUGUUAAUUAUGAUCUGCAGCUACACCCAAAUUAUAAAGACAUUACUGCAGUGUAGGAAUGAGAAGAAACAUAAAGCAGUCAGGCUUAUUUUUAUCAUCAUGAUUGUCUACUUUUUAUUCUGGGCACCAUACAACAUUUGCAUUCUCUUGCGUGAUUUUCAAGGUACAUUUUCCAUCACUACUUGUGAAGGCAGUGGCCGAUUGCACAAAGCAACCCAAGUGACAGAAACAAUCUCAAUGAUCCACUGUUGUAUCAACCCUGUAAUUUAUGCCUUCGCUGGAGAAAAAUUUAGGAAGUACCUUCACAGCUUCUUCCGAAAGCAGAUUGCAUUCCACUUCUCUAAAUACUGUCCCGUUUUCUAUGUUGACACAGCUGAACGGGCUAGCUCCACCUACACACAAUCUACUGGAGAACAAGAAGUUUCUGCUGCAUUAUAAGUUGUGUCUAGCAAAAAUGUGGAAUUGACUUUUGUGAAAUCAAGUCUGUGAUGAAAGCCUGCAGAAUCUGUCCUGGAUAUUGGCACUGAGGCAGCUGCAAAAGAUCACAGAAUAUGUAUUUACCAAAGCUUGUAUUUGCUCAUAGAUUUGUGUAUUUCUACAUAAAUGAAAAG